AUGCAUAGUUCAUACAGUGUUGAAGACUUCAUGAUGUCUUCAUCAGUAGAAUCCCCACACAGAACCGCCAUUUUUAUCUCAGGCAAAUCAUCAAACCCUAACCACACAAAUCUCCUAACUCAACAUGCCCGUCACAUGAUUACUCCAGUGGACGCCUAUGAAAGAAGUGAAUUUGAAAGUCUGAUCAAGUUCAAAAAAUUUGAUGAUGGUAAUACAGAUAAUAAUAAUAAUAACAUCAAUGACUCCAAUACUAACAGAUCCUGUGAGGAAAUUAAUAAUAAUAAUUAUGACACAAAUAAUUAUAACUAUAAUAAUUUUGAUUCCAAUAAAAAAACUCCGAGCUUCAAAAUGACUUCAUUAAGAGAUUCCUUGCCAAAGCUGAACGUGAAAACUCCGGAGAGCAUACAUGACGAAAAGAUGAGUGCUUUUUCAGUUUACAAAAAAGAAAUAAUUAAUAAAUUUUUCAAUUAUAAUUGUUUCCAUCAUAACAGUCAUAACAACAAUAAUAAUAAUAACAACAGUAACAAUAAUAACCAUAAUAAUUGCAAUAGUAGUAGUGAUAACAAUUUAUCUUACAUCGAGAGAGGAGCUUCUCUGGAAUCAUUAUCCAAUAAAUUAAAUCUGUCUAAUGAAGAUGAUGCAAAUCUCUGUUCACUGAACAGCAGCUCUAUGACAACAAGAUCUAGUCUAGAGUCGUUGCCAAGAAUCUACGAUCCGGCCAUACAUAGACAUCCUUUGCUUCAUGAAAAAUUCCAACAACAACAACUGCAGCUGCAACAUGAGCAAGACCAACAACAACAGAAUGGCAAUUCACAACAGUCGCGACAGAAUGAUGUUUCUCAACAGCAGUUGCAACAACAACAACAUAAUCCACAACAAAAAAUUCCCACUCCACCAAACCAAAACCCCAAUCCACCACCUUCCCAACAACAACUCAAGACCAGAAACAAAAUCACUAAUUUAACCAACAAUCAACUUCCUAUCAUUCGAAAGCGAAACGAAUGCUACCAAAACCUCAAAAGUCACCGAAAUCACUGCCCAAUGAACAGUAGAACGAUGGUGAAGUUGGUUUUCCCGAGUCCAUCAAAAAAUUUCAACGAGGAGAUGUUUACUUUCACCGCAUUCACUAGCAAUAAGGUUAAGGAAGUGAUUAGGAAUCAUUAUUCCUCCAUGUCGUCAUUGCACCAGUCAUCUUUAUCGCUAAAAAAAAACCACAAACGUACGAUAAAAUCUCUAGAGAACGAAGGUAAACUCAAUAGCAAUAACAACCUCAACGACAUUGUCAGCCGACUGUCGAUCGAACCCUGCGAGCAGAAGAGAAUAUGUCUUUCAAACUUCACCAACAAAUCUGAUCCAGCUAUGAAAAGAGAUAGAAAAAGUAGACAGUUUAAUUUAUUCAGGACGCACAGAAGAUCCAGUUCGUAUAAUGUGACCGCUAGAAUGUGCAACAGUGAAGUUGGCAAUAAAUUGUUCGCUAGAAAACAUAGUGAUGCUAAUACUAAUACUAGUAUUGCUGCUGCUACAGUAGCUACUUCUUUUACUACCAAUAGUAAAGAUGAUAAUAACAAUAACAUCUUUGGCGGCAAGAAUAUUUUCAAACCAUGUCAACAAACGGUGACUCGAAGCAUCAUCACCAGAUCCAAAACGAGACAAAUUGACGAACACGGCAUUCCAUCACCGAUAUUAGCUAAUUUAGAAGAUGGUCUUUCCAUAACAGAUUUAGACAAGCUGACCAUCGAGAACACCAUAAUCAAUGGAGGCAGAAGGAAUAUCAACCCAACGACUGGGAAUACACCAAUUGCGACAUCUAGGUAUCAUAAAAUAAAGUGGAAGGAGGAGGUCGUGACAUUCACGUCCCCAACUAAUCCUAACUCCAAGAAGAAUUUACCAAAGAUCACGAAAAUCCAACCUUCUAAAUAA